UCUCUCUCUCUCUCUCUCUCAUAAACUUGGUUUGGCUAGGUUUAUUUGUAGUUAUGUGUAUGGCUUUUAUUGAAUUUCAAUUAUCAAACCUAUGGUUUGAAAUUCAAAUUUGAAGGAGCUUGGUGGUGGGUUUGAAAUAAAUGUGAAGAAAGGGAUGAAGAAUCAUCAAGAAGGCCAGUACUGAGGAUAAGAUACAGUGGAAACUAUAAGAGAAGCUUUUAAUGUUUCUCUAAUAGUUGAUCUGUGGCCUCAUCAAUGAAUCUUAGAGUUCCUCCUGUCCAAGCCCACAAAAUCCAGUAAACUUUAGUGCCACAGACAGAGAGAGAGAGAGAGAGAAGAUGAUGAUGAACAGUCUGAUAUUAGAUGACAAUAUGUCAAACUUGACUUCCGCAUCCAACGAAGCAAGCAUAUCUUCAAGCAAUAGAAAUGAAGUUGGUAGUUUGUACCCACAACAGCAGUCUUUCGCAUCGCCAAAUCAACCACCACUGGCGAAGAAGAAAAGAAAUCUCCCAGGCAAUCCAGACCCAGAAGCAGAAGUGAUGGCUUUGUCCCCAAAAACCCUCAUGGCAACAAACAGAUUCAUAUGUGAAAUUUGCAAUAAAGGGUUUCAGAGAGAUCAGAACCUUCAGCUUCACAGAAGAGGGCAUAAUUUGCCAUGGAAGCUCAAGCAAAGAGCAAACAAAGAGGUGAUAAAGAAGAAGGUGUAUGUGUGUCCAGAACCAACAUGUGUGCACCAUGACCCUUCAAGGGCCCUUGGGGACCUCACCGGGAUCAAGAAGCACUUUUCAAGAAAGCACGGCGAGAAGAAGUGGAAAUGUGAAAAGUGCUCAAAGCGAUAUGCUGUUCAGUCUGAUUGGAAAGCCCACUCCAAAAUUUGUGGCACCAGAGAGUAUAGAUGUGAUUGUGGAACCCUUUUCUCAAGGAGGGACAGUUUCAUCACCCAUAGAGCCUUCUGUGAUGCAUUAGCAGAAGAGAGUGCAAGGUCAAUCACAUUAGCAAACCACCCACUUCUCUCGUCUUCCCAACCACCAAUCACUUCAUCUUCCCAUUUUAACCUCCAUCUCCAAAAUCAUCACCUCCACAACCCUCCAACUCUCCAACCAUUUCCUCUCAUGAAAAGAGAACAACAAGACCAAAGCUUCAACAACCUAAUAAGGCCACCACCAGAGCUUCCACCAUGGUUAGCCUGCCAAACACUGGUGGGUGAAGGUGGUGCACCACCACCUAUUGACCUCUCCACCCAAUUAUUCUCUUCAAGGUUAGACCAACACCAACACCACCACUCAUUCAUCCACCACAAUGAAAACCCUAACCCUAGCACUAGCCUUAGUACUACAACUACUACUCCGUCACUUCCCUCCUUUCAACCCACAUCUUCCCCGCACAUGUCUGCAACAGCAUUGCUGCAAAAAGCAGCACAAAUGGGUGUAACAAUGAGCAAACCUUGUCCUUCAGAGAGUUUGAUCCUCAACAGACCCCACCAAGCUCAUCACAUGAGUUGUUCUUCCACGUCAUUGGCCUCAUCUACAGCUGGCUCUGGUCUGGAUUUGUCAUCACGUGAAGAAAUGGAAAUUAGUGGGUUUUCUCAAAGCUUAGCAUCGUUUGGGAAUAAGGCUGUUGUCACCUCUGGUUACAUGGAACAAGUUGGUGCAACUAUGGUAGGUUCUUCUUUGCCUUGUGGAAGUGGGUUUGAAGGAUCAUCAUCUUUUGAAGAGGCUUUGAAUGGAAUGCUGAAUCCAAGAAUGGAGAGUCAUUUUCAAGAAACAUUUUCAAAACCAGCAGCCAUGGAAACCCAUUUGAGGAGAAGUAAUGAAGGCGGCGGUGGCGGGGGUGGCAAUGAUGGGUUGACUAGGGAUUUCUUGGGUCUUAGAACAAUCUCUCAUAGGGGGUUUCCAAACAUAGCUGGGCUUGAUCAUAUGAACUCACCAUCAUCUUCAUAUGAUCAGCAGAACCAAAAUCAAACACCAUGGCAAGGUUAGAUUAAUGUAUAUUAUGGGUGAAGUUUCUAGUUACAUUUGAGUUAUUGUCUUGAGUUUGUUCUUGUUGUAAUUCAUCAUUUAUCUGUUCUUCUACAUAAUAAGAACACAAGCAACUGCAAUUUGUUCUUUUCAUUUAGGACUGUUUUUGGUUUCUUUGCAUUUUUAAUAAAUUCAAUGUUGCCUUCUUGAUCA